AUGGAUGUAGAUGAACCAACCGGCGAUGGAGAUAACGUCGAGGAAGUCACGGCGGCGGAAGAAGAAGAAGAUGAUGCGGUGGAGGAGAUUCACGACCAAGAAGAAGCGAUCCUUACCGUUGUCGAGGAUGAUUGUAAUGGAUUGGUGAAUGAAAUCGUUUCCGUUGUUGAGUUUUUAGAUCAGAUCAGCGAUUAUCGACGAACGCAGCAAAAAGAAUGCUUCAAUCUCGUUAGGCGAUUGAAGAUUCUUCUUCCUGUUUUUGAAGAGAUCAAAUGUUUCGAUGAAUUUCCAGAUAGUUGCAAACAUUUUCUGCAUCGUUUGAGGAAAGUGAUUUUGGUUGCUAAGAAGUUACUACAAACUUGCAACAAUGGUAGCAAAAUCUUCCUGGCAUUGGAUAGCGAAUCAAUAGUGACGAGAUUUCAUUCGAUUUACGAAAAAUUGAAUCGUGUUCUUGUUAAAACUCCUUUUCACGAAUUGAACAUUUCUGAUGAUGUGAAAGAAGAGAUUGAUGCAUUGUGUAAACAACUGAAAAAAGCAAAGAGAAGAACAGAUACACAAGACAUAGAGCUAGCAGUAGACAUGAUGGUUGUCUUUUCGAAAACCGAUCCUCGGAAUGCAGAUAGCGCGAUAAUCGAACGGCUAGCGAAAAAGCUCGAGCUACAAACUAUGGAUGAUUUGAAGAGAGAAACAAUAGCUAUAAAAAGCUUAGUACAGGAGAAAGGAGGGCUAAACGUAGAGACAAAACAACAUAUCAUUGAGCUUUUAAACAAGUUCAAGAAGCUUCAAGGUGUUGAAGCUACUGACAUUCUCUAUGAACCUUCUACUGCUAAUAACAAAUCAUUCACCAAGUCUACUUCUCUAGUAUUGCCUCACGAGUUUUUGUGUCCGAUCACGCUCGAGAUAAUGCUAGAACCGGUUAUCAUCUCCACUGGACAGACAUAUGAGAAGGAGAGUAUACAGAAAUGGUUUGAUGCAGGACACAAGACUUGUCCGAAAACACAACAAACGUUAGCUCAUCUCUCUCUUGCGCCGAAUUACGCAUUGAAGAACUUAAUCUUGCAGUGGUGUGAGGAGAACAAUUUCAAGCUUCCAGAGAAAGAAACAUGUUCUUCACAAUCAGAAAAUGAGUCAGAGGAGCAGAAAGAUGAGGUAUCUUUGCUAGUGGAAGCAUUGUCUUCAAGCCAAUUAGAAGAACAAAGAAAAUCCGUGAAGCAGAUGCGUUUGCUCGCCAGAGAAAACCCCGAGAACCGAGUUUUAAUAGCUAAUGCAGGAGGGAUACCUCUAUUAGUUCAACUCUUAUCUUACCCUGAUUCCGGAAUCCAAGAGAACGCGGUAACAACUCUUUUGAAUCUAUCGAUCGACGAGGACAACAAGAAACUCAUAUCAAACGAAGGAGCUAUUCCAAGCAUAAUCGAAAUCCUUCAAAACGGAAACAGAGAGGCUAGAGAAAACUCUGCUGCCGCAUUGUUUAGUCUAUCGAUGCUCGAUGAAAACAAAGUAACAAUCGGAUUAUCGAAUGGUAUACCGCCAUUGGUUGAAUUACUACAGAAUGGGACAUUAAGAGGGAAGAAAGAUGCUCUCACUGCACUCUUUAACUUAUCUCUUAACUCAGCUAACAAAGGGAGAGCCAUUGAUGCAGGCAUUGUUCAACCUUUGCUUCAACUCCUGAAAGACCGAAACUUAGGAAUGAUCGAUGAAGCGCUUUCGAUACUUUUGCUUCUCGCGUCACAUCCCGAGGGACGUCAAGCGAUUGGACAACUCUCAUUCAUUGAAACACUUGUGGAAUUCAUAAGAGAAGGUACACCGAAGAACAAAGAGUGCGCGACCUCGGUAUUGCUUGAGCUAGGCUCUAAUAACUCGUCUUUUAUACUCGCUGCGCUUCAGUUCGGUGUUUAUGAACAUCUUGUAGAGAUUGCAAGCUCAGGAACAAACAGAGCUCAGAGAAAAGCAAAUGCACUUAUUCAACUCAUAAGCAAAUCUGAACAAAUUUAG